AUGAAAUAUUAUCUAUUAAUCGAUAAUAUUACUACUGAUAAUAAUGGUACUUACGAGAUAAGUAUCAAUGGUGCCAAGAAAGGAAUCGUUAUUUAUGUGGGUUCAAAUUCCAUUCCUAAUAACUUUCAUCAAAAAGAGUGCUUCGAUGGCAACAACUGCGCUGCAGUUAUUUGCGAAUAUAGCGAAUAUUUUUGUCAAGUGGAUAAUUUUUGCUUACCUAAAAGUGUAAUUUGUAACGGAAAGCGUGACUGUUCGGAUGUAGCAGACGAGUUGAACUGCAGUCUUCCACAUCAUUACAAUGGUAGGAAACAAAAAUGGCUAGCAGCACAACCGACUGUAAAAUGUCCUGAUGGUUCUACACCAGAAUUCAGUUUGCAUGGUUCAACUUAUUGUUGGAGUAAUGCAGUUUGCCCAAUGAAAACAGCUUGUAUAGAAGGAAAAUGUUGCUCAAUAAGUUCACUAAAUGACACUCCUCAGUGUCAGUUGGAAUCAUGGGAAUGUGACAGUGGUGAAUGCAUACCACUAGAAUCACGCUGUGAUGGAUUUCCAGAGUGUCGUGAUGGAUCCGAUGAAACGCAUUGCGGUUUGAUACUUAUUUUUUUCUUUAUUAAAGCUACUAGUUAA